AGCGCCAGACUCCCAGGAUCAGAGCUCAUGUUAUCAUGUGGUCUGGUUGCCUGGGUAACUAACCUCGGUGGUUGCCUGGGUAACUAACCUGGGUCGCGUGCUCUCCGCAGAACACUUUUCCUCUCGCGACGAUCAUUUUACAGAAACGUUUCUUCUUCUCCACGAAGAAGCCGCAUCUGCCGGGCAGCGGCGCCGCCAUGUUGGACAGUGACGUAGUGACGCUGCGUGCUGCGUUCGAGUGCUCAUCCAACUGUCGGAAAAACUAGCACACACAACAGAAGCUGCUCUGUUCUCCUCUCUGAUUGGCUGCCGCGUAUGCCAGUUAAAUCACUUUCCCGCCUCUUAACAACAGCGGGGCGGGGCUAACGAUCGGUCGACGUCACUCGUGGACUGUCCGAAACCAUGAUGGCGGCGGCAGCAGCAGCAGCGGAGCGGGGCGGCGGUCCCGGAGCUUCUUCUCCCGGUUCCCCCGGACCCGCGGUGGAUUACUCGGUGCUCGUGGUGGUCGGGGCGCUGCGGACCACCGGCCUGCUGGAGCGGAUCCUGCGCCAGAUAGAGUCCGGUGUGCGCUGCUGGCCUGUAGAUCUGGAUGUUUCUGUUCUGGAUCAGCAGCUCAAACUCUUCGUGUCCAGACACUCAGCCUUCCUGUCAGAGGACGUCCCAGGUCAGAGGACGCUGCAGCACCGUGGAGACGUUCUGGACACUCAGGUCAUCAUCAACCCAGCACACGACUUCGUCUGCUCCGAGGUGCGGCGGCUGGUGUGUGAGCCGUCCCGACAUAAGCUGGUGGUUCUGGCGGGUCAGUGUGUGGAAGAGUCCGGAGACAUCGUGCUGCAGCAAGGAGGCUUCUCUCUCAGAGACUUCAUCCACAUCUUCAGUGAUGAAGAGGUGCGAGAGUUGUUGUGCGGUUCUGACCCGGUCCUGAAGCCCGUCCUAACCCUCAGCUGUCCCGAGGUCGGCUCGUGGAAGCGCUCGGCGCUGCAGGAAGCUGUAACCACGGCAACCCUGCACCAGGACUACAUUCAGAUCCAGAUCAACCCGGACCCGGUUCUGCCGGACAUGGAGGGUCUGCACGAGUUCACGGAGUACCUGUCUGAGUCCCUGGAGGCGGAGUCUCCGUUCUCCCUGCUGCCCCCCCCCAGCACCGUGGGCUUCCUGAAGCUGUGGCGCCCGUGCUGCUACAUCUUCCCCGGCGGGCGCGGCGACUCUGCGUUCUUCGCCGUGAACGGGUUCAACGUGCUGGUGAACGGCGGCUCGGACGCCCGGUCCUGCUUCUGGAAGCUGGUGCGGCACCUGGACCGGGUGGACUCGGUGCUGCUGACCCACGCCGGCGUGGACAACCUGCCCGGCAUCAACAGCCUGCUGCAGAGGAAGGUCGCCGAGAUGGAGGACCGCUCGGCCGCCGAGACGCACGGCCAGGACGACUGCAGCCCGACCGAUUGGAUGAAGCAGAAGAACCUGGUUUCCCCGGAGAUAGGCGUAGUUUUCCUCAACGUUCCCGACAGACUCAAAUCGGCGCCGGCAGCUGAUCCCGGCGAGCUGCGAAGCUGUGACCAGGCGGCGCUCGCGCUGCAGCUCUUACACACGCUGGGAAUCAAACCGGCGCCCCUCAGCCGGGCCAGUGGGCCCACCAUAGAGCCCGUCAUCCUGUUCCAGAAGAUGGGCGUGGGCCGCCUGGAGCUGUACCCUCUGAACCCUGUCAGCGGCAGCAAGGACCUCCAGGCCUUCAAGCAGACCUGGCCCACCGGCUCGGGCUCGGGAGGCCUCCCGUUACCCUGCCUGGUGUCCAUCUGUGCUCUGCUGGUCUGGCAUCCCGCCAGCCCGGUGGAGAAGAUCAUCCGGGUUCUGUUCCCGGGCUGCACGCCCCAGAACCAGAUCCUGGACGGGCUCGAUAAGCUCCAACAUCUGGAGUUCCUCAAGCACCCGACCGUGUGUUCCAGAGACCUGGAAACGCCCAGGACGGCCACCGAGAAGCAACCGAGGCGAGCCGAGAGUCGGGAGAGCCUCAAGUCCCAGUUGAAGGACUCGAGGGCCGGCAGCGGCGCCGCGCAGAAAGACAAGCCGCCACGGCAGGAAGUGAAGAAACAGGAAGUGAAGAAACAGGAAGUGAAGACGAAGCCCAAGGCAGCCGGAGACGCCGCGCCGAAAGACGGGGAAGAGAAACAGAUCAAGAUAAAGGAGGCAGACGCUAAAACAAAGCUGCCGAAAGCUGCCGAGAAACUGGCUCCAAAUCCAAAGAAAGACUCGUCGAAGGAAGAGAAAAAGGACGAGAAGAUGGCUGUCGUAAAGAAGGACGAGAGCACAGAGAAGAAGAGAGAACCGGUAAAGAAGGACGAGAGCACAGAGAAGAAGAGAGAACCGGUAAAGAAGGACGAGAGCACAGAGAAGAAGAGAGAACCGGUAAAGAAAGACGAGAGCACAGAGAAGAAGAGAGAACCGGUAAAGAAGGACGAGAGCACAGAGAAGAAGAGAGAACCGGUAAAGAAGGACGAGAGCACAGAGAAGAAGAGAGAACCGGUAAAGAAAGACGAGAGCACAGAGAAGAAGAGAGAACCGGUAAAGAAGGACGAGAGCACAGAGAAGAAGAGAGAACCAGAAAAGAGAGAACCGAAAGAAGGACAGAGAAGAAAGAAGAGAGAACCGGUAAAGAAAGAAACUUUUAGCACAAAACCAAAGAAGGACACCAAAGCCGAACCAAAGAAAGACCUGAAGAAGGAUGUGAAAACGGAGGAGAAGAAACCAGCCAAAGCAGCCGUUAAAGAAGUGAAGAAGACGGCGAGUGAAAGGGUGUCGAGUGCAGAAGUGAAGAAGAAGAGCGGGACUCUGAAGAAAGACGGGACUCUUCUGAAGAAAGACUCUUUAAGUAAAGGAGCCAAAGGUCCCAAAGAUGCUGAGACCCAGAAGGAUCCAGAUCGGUCCAAGCUGUCGACCCCCGAGCACACGACGGCCGAGUUCGAGAGACUUCGUGUAGAAGACGGCGACGGGAACAGCAGCAAAUCGGCGAGGACUAACGGGAAGCAGGUGUCUGGUGGUCAGAGUCUGGAGGAGACGGACCGGGCUUCUGCAGAACCGGCGGGUCUCCAGGACGCCGGAAGUUUAGGAGAAGACGCCAUUUUGUGUCUGAGUCCCUUCAGAAACCUGACUGGCGACUCCUGGAGCUCCGUGCCGUCUCUGCCGGCUGAGAUCUCGUCUCCUCACUCUACGGAAGUCGACGAGUCUCUGUCGGUGUCUUUGGAGCACGCCGCGUCACCCCGAGCAACCGCCGGAGACGGAGACGGAGGCUGCUCUAACGGACACGUUAGCGACUCGGACGCCGCGCCUCUGGGAUCGAACCGUAACCGUGGAAACGGACCGGAGGAACACGGGAUCCACGGGAUGCCGGAGAUCGUCUCGGACGUUCCCCACGAUGUCGACCUCUGUCUGGUGUCGCCGUGCGAGUUCCAGCACCCGAGGACGCCAGAGAGCCGCCAGCAGCACGCUAGCAACGUUAGCAACGUUAGCAACGCUAGCAACGUUAGCAACGCUAGCAACGUUAGCCCCGCCCCCAACGCCUCAGAUGACGACAACAACAACAACAACAACAACAGCCACUCACAGGAUCAGAGCAGCAGCGACUUCCCUUCGGCCUUCAGCCAGGAGACUCCGCCCACAUCGCUCAGCGAGACUCCGCCCACGUCGCUCAGCGAGACUCCGCCCACGUCGCUCAGCGAGACUCCGCCCACGUCGCUCAGCGAGUCCCUCCCGACGGCGUCGGACUCUGCCGUCCCGGCCUGCAGCGAGGACUGUCCGUCCAUCACGGCAGAGCUGGACUCUGACGAUGAUUCCUGUCGGCUCUACGGUCACCUUUCUCUGCACGACCCGCCGCCGGCGCCCGUCAAGGACCUGCCGCCGCUCCCGCCCCAGCCUGGCGCCUGCAUGGCCGACGCCGAGGCCAGCAGGACCCUGAAGAGUUCAGCCGCCAAGACCAAGAAACCAGCAGCUCUCCCAGCAGGGACACUGCCGAAGGCCUCGGGGGGGAUUCCCUCGGCCCAGAACGGGAGGUCUGGGAAGGCCGGCAGCUCGGUGGGCUCUCUGAAGACCCCGUCCAGCCUCGACGCCAAACCCUCGUCCAGGAACUCCCUCGGAGGCUCCCGGGUGGGGGCGGCUAGACCUUCCUCCUCCGCUCCCAGAGCGGCAGGUUCUGCUGGUUCUGCUGGUUCUGAGGGGGGUGCGGUGUACGUGGACCUGGCCUACCUGCCGUCCGGCUGCGCCUGCUCCACCGUGGACCAGGACUUGUUCCGGCGUCUGAGAUCCUCGUAUUACAUCAUCAGCGGAGACGAGCCGGCCAAGGAGGAGGCCAUGAGGACCAUACUGGAGGCUCUGCUGGACGGGAAGAGCUGCUGGCCUGAUACACAGGUGACCCUGAUCCCGACGUUUGAUUCGCUGGCGAUGCACCAGUGGUACCAGGAGUCCCAGGACCGGCAGAGGGCUCUGGCGCUGACCGUGCUGGGCAGCAACAGCACCGUGGCCAUGCAGGACGAGACCUUCCCCGCCUGCAAGGUGGAGUUCUGACCCGUCGCCACGGUUACACCCCAACCGUCGCCACGGUUACGCCCCAACCGCACCGACGGGAGGCGUCGGAAUCGGCAAGAACAUUCCGAUGAGUCACAGGCGCUCUUAUUGUGAAGGGCCGGAGAGACAGGAAGUCCAGGUUCUGCUCUCUGAAAUAAGAAACGGUUUCCUGCACGUGUGAUGUCACUUCCUGUUUUAGUUUUUUUUUAUUAAAUAUUUGAGAAUUUAAACGUUAGAAGCUGAUGUUUGGGGUGUGAUCCCCGUACAGAACAGGUUCCCCUCCCUAAAAUAUAAACCGUUUCCUGCACCUGUGUGAUGUCACUUCCUGUCUGCUGGAUCAGAACUUUUUUAUUUUUAUUUUUUUAAUUAAAUAUUUUCAGAAAACAAACUUUAGAAUCAUCAAACACGAUGUCUGUCUCUGGGCAACGAUCGCAAUCACACCGUAAUAACCAGAGGGGAUGGGUUGCUAUGUAGCGUUAGCUUGUUACGUAGCAUUAGCUUGUUACGUAGCGUUAGCUUGUCCUGUAGCGUUAGCUUGUCCUGUACCGUUAGCUUGUUUUACGUAGAAUUAGCUUGUUACAUAGUGUUAGCUUGUUUUACGUAGAAUUAGCUUGUUUUACGUAGAAUUAGCUUGUUACGUAGCGUUAGCUUGUUACGUAGCGUUAGCUUGUAGCGUUAGCUUGUUUUACAUAGAAUUAGCUUGUUACAUAGUGUUAGCUUGUUUUACGUAGAAUUAGCUUGUUAUGUAGAAUUAGCUUGUUUUACGUAGAAUUAGCUUGUUAUGUAGCAUUAGCUUGUUUUACGUAGAAUUAGCUUGUCCCGUAGCGUUAGCUUAUUAUGUAGCGUUAGCUUGUUUUACAUAGCGUUAGCUUGUUAUGUAGCAUUAGCUUGUUUUACGUAGCGUUAGCUUGUCCCGUAGCGUUAGCGACUGUGGCGUUCCAGAUAAAGUUUUGAUCCAGCAGAGUUUUUAAUUUCACGCGUAUGAAUGUGUUGCCGUGAUGUUUUUUUGGGAGCACAUGUUGCCUAGCAACUGAUUGUUGUUGUUUCUGUUCGCGGCGGCAGCGUCCCGUCUGUGCCUGGCUCUGAAGACUACAUUUCCCAUGAGCCUCUGCUCUCGGCGGGCGGUCUGUUUCCCAGAACCCAAAAAUCUCAAAGUGAAUUAAUCCAAAAGUCAGAUUGUUUUAUUUUUUUUAAAUAAUAUUUUAUAAGGAGUUAAUCUGCCCGGCGACAGAGGGGUUUCCCGCUCUCUGCUGCAGCAGUGCCUUCUGGGAGUUGUAGUGCGGAUGAAAGUUGUCCUCUUUUAUUUCGGCCUGUCGGCUCUAAAAAUCAACACAUUUCAAUCUUUAACUUAUUUAUUUAUUUUGAUUUUUUUCCUUUUUUUUAAAUUCUGGUCUGAGCCUGAACUUUGGUACCUUUUGAAUUAACCUUUAUUGAUCGGGGAAACGUUAACGAGACGUUUACAGGCUGUAAUCUUGUUCACAUGAAGUCAUCGUUUAGAGACAAACACCCUUUCAUGUUUAUGAGUCACUCUCACUUCAGUUCUGAGAAUAUUUGGGCUUUUUCUCUAAAUAAUGACUUUGUCUUCAUAAUGUUACAACUUACAACUUCUUAAAGCCAUAAAUGUGUUAAAGAUGUCAUUUAUUUUGAUCACAGAGACACACACACACAGAGACACACAGACACACACACACACGGACAGAUAGACAUACAGACACACACACCCAGACAGACACACACACACACACGCUGUACUGAAACACUAAUUUUUAUGAUUCUUUCAAAAUAAAAGUAGCCCUUUAA